AUGGGAUAUUCGUUACUACCACGCUGCUUUAUGCCGGAUUUUACCUGGCCACAUCACAUCUCACCUACAGUGGCCAGCGAAAUACCAGAAACAACCCGCGCAACCCACCCUAAACUUCCAUUUGGCCUGAUUCUCAAGUGGUCCGAUGGUACUCGGUUAGAAGAGGUCUUGACGACACAGGUCGCCAGGAGAGCAGGUUUCCCGGUUCCAAAGGUGAUCUGCUAUGGAGACCAUCCAGAUACUCCGCAUGCUCCAGUAUCAAUUCUGAUGACUCGUAUCCCCGGCGAUGAACUGGGCCGAGUUUACAAAACGCUAAGCGGCACUGAACGAGAUUCGAUCCAAUUGCAAUUAAAGGGGUAUUUGGAAGCAAUCCGAAGAUGGAAAAGUCCGUGGGGAGAGAACAGAAUUUGCUCUUCGGCGGGCACAGCUAUUAGGAGCGUCCGCGUACCUAAUCAUCUUGUUGGCCCUUUCGAGUCGGAACAAGAGUUCAACGAUUACCUCCGGAGCACUGCUUGGUCAGGCGGAUUCCCGUCAGAAACAGAAUACAACGACGCACUUGAUCAUGCCAGAAAAAUGGAUUCGAUGCCUCACCGUAUUGUUUUCACGCACGGCGACCUCAAGCACCAUAACAUCCUCGUACACAAUGGACAGAUUACAGGCUUCCUGGAUUGGGAGUCGGCGGGUUGGUGCCCUGAGUAUUGGGACUUCACCACAGCACUCAGGUUCAUUCCGAAAGAUCACUGGUGGUACAACUUUGUGAUAGGGCUUGGAGCCGGCCCAUACAUGGCUGAACUGGAUUGUGAACGGGCAUUGACUUCUCUUACAGUUGAUUCAUAUUGUUGCACUGGAUCAGCUGUCUUGAAGUUACAAAAGUGGCCACACGAAGAUGGGAAGAAGCACUUGUGCUCUUUAUAUGCCUCACAGACCCUGAGUGAUCAGAGGAAGCGUUCGCUUUCUUGCCACUAUCAUAAUCCCUGCAUUUCUUCCCCUCUUUUAAUAACAAUCGCAGAUAGGCGAGCAGAGGGGCAUCGAGCCUCGAAAGACGGAUUCACCUCCACGUCGUGCUUUAGGCCUGCUCUCUCAGAAGCUCCCUUCAUCCUUUUACCCACAAUCUACAGACAACUCGCAUUGAGAUAUCCGGCCAAAGUGACAAUCAGGAUGGCACUUGACUACCGUCUCAUUCCAAUCGACUACAGGGGGGCUCACCCUAACAUGCGCGCAGCAGCAGCACGUCCUGCCAAUGAAGGUGUUGCCUCAGAUUGGGCUACGCGCGACGGUGACAUUUUUUUUCGAGAUACUCACCACAAAUUACAAAAUGAAUGCCUGGAGUGGUUUCCUUUACAGGCUGCUGCCCAUAGUCCCGAGUCGAGAUAUUCAUACUGGGAUAAAGAUAGGCAACUGGGCGCAAUGCGUUACCUUCUGGAGAAGGGCGCGGAUCCAUAUGCACUCUACCGGGCUCCUCUUGAGCGCCCAAACGUGUAUCGCUACCCUGGCGAGACGUUUGACGAGAAACUAGAACCCCUGAAGAAGGAAUUUGUGGAUAUCAGUCCAGCACUGCGUCCUCACUUUAGCAUGUACGGUAUUUGCAGUGUCAUCCAUUCUAUUUUCGAAAAUGGCGGGCAAGUUCUGCCCUUCUUUGACGAGGAAUUCAACCUUGACAUCGAGCGUCGCGAUCCCCAGGGCCGCACUGUUCUGCAUUCCGUUUGCCGUAGCAUCCUAGGUGCUGAUGCCAUUUUGGGUGACGUCUAUAGAGAACUCGAAGCUGAGAAACGCGACCCUUUGGCUGCCUCGGUGUACAGGCCUUCAUUGUUCCAUGCUUUUCGGCUUCGCAACGCCGACAUGCUGGCGGUCGAUAACAAAGGAAAACACAUCCUACAUCAUCUAUUUGAGUCGCCAGCCGAUCCGGGCCUCCACGAGGAUCCUAAGAUCGACGAUGCUCUACUCUACACCCUGACACAUCUUCCCCAACUGGUGAACCAGCCAGAUUACCACGGCAAUUAUCCAAUCCAUGCGGCCUUGCAGUCCUUGCGCCAUGUCCCAUAUUAUUUUAAGAACCGUUUGAGGCGCGUCGAGCAGCUUCUCGCCGCCGGAGCUGACCCCUUGGCCUGCGACGGGAGAGGCAACACAGCAUUGCACUACCUUGCAGCCACGGGCUUCGAUGAUAUAGCCCCUAAGGAACCCGUGCGAGCAUUAUUUCGCAAAUUUGCUGAGCUUGGCGUAGACGUCAACGCACGGAAUAAGGUCAAACGUACCGCAAUUGAGAUUUUCCUUGACGACGAGAAUUCCGGGCGGGCCCGAAAUAAUGAUGGCCAGCCUUCCACUAAAAGCUUUUAUGGAACUUUUAGACAUGACGCGUAUGCGUGGGUAAACCUGUUGGAUUUGUUUGACGAAGCAAAUACCAACUGGACGGAGAGCAACGCGAACGGCCAAACUUUACUGCAUCUGGUGGCAUUGCAACCGACUAAGGCGGCAGUGGAGCACGCCGAAUAUCUGCUGGCGAAGGGCGUCGAUGCGUCUGCAAAGGACAGGGACGAGAAAGUGGCGGCGGAUAUCGCAGAGCAAUAUGGAAGGGACGAAAUGCUAAAGUUAUUACGUCCACUAUGA